AUGAUAUACUCACUAUGCAUAUACAAUAGGCGUAGUAAGCGGUUUCUUCCGAGAUGCUACGGAAAUGUAAAAGAGUCUAAGGUCACCGGAUGGUUUGCAAGAAGAACAAAAAUGGGACACAAACUGCUGCUGCACUUCCACAACUACGCAGUCGCAUUUAUUUUUGCAAUGGUUCUCGCAUCGUAUGCAUGGUUUGCAUCCUUGGCCAACUAUAUUAACAGCACAAAGGACAAUCUAAUUAUCUUUUUAUAUCCUUUUCUACUGAUAGCUGUGGUGCUGUUUCACGGGAAAUACAGAGAAACCGGCAAAACAACGAUCGAACAAAGCAUGAGCAAAGCCAUCAUGCUGUACGGUCUCUCUGUGUGCAUGGCUGCCUCCAUCAUCUGCAUCGGCAGGAUCAGCCCGGGAUCAGCUAUUACAAAAUAUUUUGCACUGGAGCAGGCUGUUAUUUACAAUGGAGUUGUGUUGCACGGUGUGAACUACUCGAACACUAGAACUCUUCAUAGGAUUAUUCUUUUCUCAACUGUUCUGUACUUUUUGGGAGCAGCUAUUUCUCUCUUUUCCAUGUAUCGAUGGUAG